CUUUCUGUUAACUUAUUAUUAUUCAAUACGUUCGAUAAUAUCAAAAUGCAAGAUACUGAAAAUACAAAUGAAUGGGUUAAUUGGAUUGAAGAAGCAGUUGAUAAAGAACAUUUAAAAUUUUAUAAAUAUGAAGAAUUUAAUAAGAUUCAAUGUAUUGGUACUGGAAGUUUUGGAAACGUAUAUCGUGCAAAUUGGAAAAAUUCAGAAAAACUAUUUGCGUUAAAAUCUUUUUUUAGUCUUAAUAACAUCACCAUGAAAGAAAUAGUUCGUGAGUUAAAAAUUCAACGCCAAGUUGAUUUUCAUGAUAACAUUAUUCGUUACUAUGGAAUAACAAAACUUGAGUCAGAAAAUCAUAAUAAUUAUGGAUUAGUAAUGGAAUACGCUGACGACGGUACUCUUCGAAGUUAUUUAAAGGAAAAUUUUAACAAACUUACUUGGGAUGAUAAAUAUAAUAUGGCAUACCAGUUAUCUUGUGCCGUAUCAUGCUUACAUAACGAAAGAAUAGUACAUCGUGACUUGCACUCCUGUAAUAUACUAGUCCGUAAUAACACAAUCAAAUUAGCAGAUUUUGGAUUAUCUCAAAGAAUUGGAGCAUCAUCCAAUUUUCAAUCUAAAUUAUUUGGUGUGAUUCCUUAUGUCGAUCCAAAAAGCUUUAGUAGACGAAAAAAUAAUAAUAAUCAAUCAACACAAAUGUACUUAUUAAAUGAAAAAAGUGAUAUUUAUAGUAUAGGCGUAUUAUUUUGGGAAAUAUCUAGUGGUCAACCUCCUUUUUAUGUUGAGGAUGAACAUUAUGAUGUUGGUUUAGUUGUGGAAAUUUCACAAGGUCUUAGAGAAAUUGUUGUUCCUGACACUCCUGAAGAAUAUGUUAAAAUUUAUACUAAAUGUUGGGAUGGGGAACCAGAUAAUCGUCCAACUAUAUAUCAAGUAGUUGAUUGGUUAAAUGCAAUAAUUACAAAAUCAGAUGUAAUAAUAGAAAAUCAUCAAAUGUCAAAUGAACAAGAACUUAAUGAGACUUCUUUAAGUACUAAUAAUUCAGAAUUACAAGGUCAACUUAUUCAAAAUUUUGAUAAAAUGAUUAUUAAAGAAAUUGGUCCUAUGGCAAUAUCAAGUAAACAAGAAAAUCAUUCAACUGAAAAAGAUUUUAACAUUAUGGUUGAUGAUAAUUGGUCAUAUGUGAUGGGUAUAACACCAUCAACAGCUACGCAAGUGGCUAGCCCAAUAUCUCCCGUCAGUGUGAUCAAUCCUAAUUAUUCCUAUCCUAUACAAGACGAAGAAGAAGAAGGUGAAUGGUUAACUGAAGAUGAACAAGAGGAGACUCCCGUCAGUGUGAUCAAUACUAAUUAUUCCCAUCCUAUACAGGACGAAUAAGAAGAAGGUGAAUGGUUAACUGAAGAUGAACAAGAGGAGAUAGUUUUAGACUCGUCAAGCGCUGAUAUAAAAAAAGAAGGAUUUUAAUUGCUUAAAAGUAAUAUUAUUUUUUUUUCGGU